GCAAUUUCCAAUACUCAACAGUUAAAAUUACUAAAAAAUUAUAACUACCAGAAACUUAUAACAUAAUACUUCCAAAAAUGGCCAAACAAUUCACUGCUGCUACCGAUCCAGUUAACUUGGUACAAAAAUUAAACAAGACCGGGUUAGAUAUCCUGAAACUCGUUGUUGGGGUUAUGCUUAUGACUACCGAAGGUAACUGGUUUGGAUCGAAUGGAGAUAUUGAUGCAAAUUUGGAACUUUUAUAUAAAUGUUACCAAAGUGGAUUGCGUACUUUCGAUACUGCUGAUACUUAUUCAAAUGGGAAAUCUGAAGAAUUACUCGGAAUGUUUUUGAAAAAAUACAAGAUUCCUCGUCAAAAUGUUGUGAUUAUGACAAAAGGCUAUUUCCCAGUUUUGGACGACGUUAAUGAUUCCUCUGGGUUGACGAACGAUGCAGAUGCUCUUAAGAUUAUGAAUAGAAAAGGACUCUCAAGAAAACAUAUUUUAGAAGCCGCCAAAGCUUCCUAUGACCGUCUUGGAACUUAUGCUGACAUUUACCAAAUCCACCGUUAUGAUCCAAAUGUUUCUAAUGAAGAAAUUAUGAAAGCCUUAAAUGAUGUUGUUGAAAAAGGUUAUGCUACUUAUAUUGGGGCUUCAAGUAUGAAAACUUAUGAGUUUAUUGAUUUGCAAUACACGGCAAAAUUGAACGGAUGGCAUCAAUUUGUUUCAAUGCAAAGUUAUUACAACUUAUUAUACCGUAACGAUGAACAUGAAUUGAAUCCUUGGUGUAAAAAACAUGAUAUUGCUUUAUUCCCAUGGUCCCCAAAUGCUAGAGGUCUUUUAGCAGUUCCUUGGGAUUCCGAAGUGGCCAAGACCAAAUUACAAAAUGAGUUCAUGACUCGUAUUCUUGGAAUUAGCCCAUCUAGUGAAUCUGAUUGUGAAAUUGCCAAAAGACUUGAAUUGUUGGCCGAAAAGAAAAAAGGCUCCAUGAUGCAAGUUUCUCUUGCUUGGUUACUUGUUAAAGGUGCUAAUCCAAUCGUCGGUAUUUCCAAACUUGAAUACGUUGAUGAAGUUGCUGGGGUUGUUGAUGUCGAACUUACUGAAGAAGAUAUCAAGUAUUUGGAAGAACCUUACGUCACCAAAGCUGAUGCCCCCCUCUUAGACUAGUAUUUCAUAACUUAUGAAUAUUAUUCGCUUACUUAUUUUACUUGUAAAAUAGCAGAAGUAUGUAUUAAGGUAUAAAAAAU